AUGUUGUACGCUCUGGACACAAUCAACGCAGAUCCCGCCAUCUUACCUGGGAUCAAACUCGGUAGUGUGAUUGCUGACACGUGCAGCAGCGAGGUGAUUGCUAGCAAGCGAACGAGGAAAUUCAUCAAAAUUAUCUUCGUGCCUGAAUCGACAAACUAUUCUGAACUGGUCUCAGUUGUGGGCCCGAUGUACAGUAGAAAUGCGAAAUUCGUAGCGAAUAUUGUACGAGUGUUUCAUAUUCCGCAAAUCAGCUAUGGCGCCAUGUCUCACGAACUUAGUAAUAAGGAUAUUUUUAACUACUUCUUCCGAACAGUCGCACCCGAUGGAUUCUUCUACGCAGCAAUGGCCGCGUUCUUGGGGAGAAUGGGUUGGAGAUAUGUGGGUCUUGUACACUCGGAAAAAGUUUGGAAUCCACUUAAUGCAGCUCAAUUUGUUGACAAAAUGAGACAUAAGGGUAUUUGUGUUGGGCCACAAUUACACAUAUCCCCUCGUACAACUGACGAACAUUUUGAUAGAUACAUAGAGAAGUUGGUCUCGGAUGAUAAAGAACCUAAAAUCGUGAUACUUGUCACGUCCACGCGCGAGUCUCGCGCGAUGUUGGCGGCAAAGAAAAGAAACGCGCGUGGAAAUGAGCUGAUGUUCGUGGCGGGAGUAACUUGGAGCAAUCGCAAGACCAUUACAAAAGGUGAUUAUGGUGGAAUAUAG